UUAGCAGAGUGGCCACCCUGGUCCGAGCAGCGCUACCGUACUUUACAAAGUUUUACAAAAUGGUGGCUUCUUUUUGCGGAGCGCGGAGAAAUUGUUGUAAAUCGAGCUAAAAAGCACGCAUUUUGGCCAAGAAAAUAGCCCCAAUUGUUGGUGAAAACGCUUGCAACGCCGCAGGCUGCAGCUGGUGGCUGGAAAACGCUCGCGAAAGCCCCCGCGGACCGCGCACUAAUCGAGUGAAAAAGCAAUAAAAAACGCAAGCAAGCAGCCAAAAGUGCGUGCCUGUAUGUGUGUGUGUGUGUGUGAGUGUCCGUUGCUCUCUGUGUGUGUUACUCUGUGUUAGUGUGUGUGUGUGCGCAAAGUGUAUGCAAAAAAAGAAGAAGAGAAACUGAAAACAGAAGAGUAUUAAAAAAAAAAAACGACAACGACGAGUUUCACGCGCCCAACAACAACAUCAGUUAGAGCAACAACAACAACAUCAACAACAAAAACAACAACGAAGAGAAAAACGCCAAAAAACCUGUGUUUGUGCAAAUUAACCAAAAUAUACAUUUCCGGCCGCUCGCUGCCCCCUCGCUGAGUAACAAAAAUAACAAUAACAACAACAAGAGAAGAAGAAGCAGCAGCAGCAGCAACAGGAACAGGAACCCCCGCACACCCCACCACCCCGUCCAACACCCGCCAUCGACCCAGAAAACAUUCAACGGGAGCCCAGCUGCCUAAAAGAGUCUAUAUAAAGUCUGGGAAGUGGAAACCAGAGAGUAUCUGGAGUCUGGAGUCUGGAGUCUUACGCUUCGGGACUCAAGGAACCCCCCAGGACUCGGGCACAUCAUCCCUGGAUUCAUGUUGAAUUUUCAUAUCGUAAAGGGCAUAAAAAGGCUUAACACUGGACCGGAAGCGUGUUUUUAAAGGGUGAUGGCGGCCUCCACUCAAGGAGAAAUUCGAGUGGGUCCCGGCCACCAGGUAAACGAUGUCUAUGCAAAACUGCCCGAUUAUAAUCCAAUCUCAAGCUUCCCCAUCGACAAGGAAACCGAUGAACGUGAACUAGAGGAAUCAAGAUGGAGUCCAGGCGUUGUGGCCGAUGGCGACUUGUUAAUGUUCUUGCGUGCAGCUCGCUCCAUGGCUGCAUUUCAAGGAAUGUGUGAUGGCGGACUAGAAGACGGUUGUUUGGCUGCCAGUCGCGACGACACCACUAUAAACGCACUCGACGUGCUCCACGAUUCUGGCUACGAUCCAGGCAAAGCUCUACAAGCACUCGUAAAGUGCCCCGUUUCGAAGGGCAUCGACAAGAAGUGGACCGAGGACGAGACGAAAAAGUUCAUCAAGGGUCUGCGUCAGUUUGGCAAGAACUUCUUCCGCAUCCACAAGGACCUGCUCCCCCACAAGGAUACACCGGAGCUGGUCGAAUUCUACUAUUUGUGGAAGAAGACACCCGGCGCGAAUAACAAUCGGCCGCAUAGGAGGCGACGCCAGAGCGCUCUGCGCCGCAAUCGCGUCACGCGUGCUAACAACAGCAAUAGCAACAGCAACAACAAUAGUAAUAGCAACACACCUCCCAAGAAGGAGGACACCCCGGAACCACAAGCUGCGACGACGGCGACGGCGGCCGAGACGGCGAGUCGCUCCUCGCCCGCUGUCUCCAAGGAGGAGAACAGCUCACUCACCGAGGACGAGGCCAGCGAGUGCGACAGUGAUUCGAGUCUGACCCACAAAAGGGAUGAAUCACCCUCAAGGAUGAGGACGCGAAACAAGCAACAGACCAAUAGCAGCAACAGCAGCAGCGCCAGCAGUAACAAUAACACGGCCGGUAACGGCGGAUCAGGAGGCGGAUCAACUGCGUCUGCGGGCGGCGGUUCAUCCGGCGGCAGUGGCAAGGACCAGUCGAAGGACCAAACCAGCACCGUGGCGAAUGGAAAGCGACCCAAGCGCGGCUCCGAGACACCGGAUGCCGUCGCUUCAUCGGUGGACAGUCCCAAGACUCCCACCAAAUCCGUGGCCGAGAGCUCGGCCACCAAGCGCAAGGGCGGCAAGCAGGACACGCCGAACAAGAAGAAGCGCACCGAGCAGGAGGUCAGCAGCCAGGAGUCGAGUACCCAGGAGGAUGGCGUUGCCCGGACUGGCGACACGAAGGACCAAGUCAAGCGCAAGCGUCCGGACAGCCCGGUCGAGAGCAUGAACUCGGACAGCCGGCCGGACUCUGUGCUAGAUGACGGCGAGUCCAACACCACGGACACGACCACCGCCGAGCAGCAGUCCAUCAAGGACAGCAAGGAGACGACGGUGGGCAGCUGCAAGGAGGAGCGCGACAUUUCCGCCAACGAUCUGGAGCCGAAGUCGGACGAUAAGACCUCCAUCAUCAAGGCGGAAACCGCGGCGGAGGACAGCAAGGACAGCGCCAUCAAGAACAUGGACGAGGAGACGAACAUCCAGGCGCCCAGCAGCGUGGAGACGAAUACCGUGGAUCCGCUGCCGAAUCCCAAUCCCAAUCCCAUUACCAUGAAGGUGCCCACGAUCGCCACCGUUGAGGCCCUGAACGCCUCGGUGGAGCGCAAGGAGGCCAUCGAGAAGAUGGAGACCUGCGACAGCGACCCGGAGAUGCUCAAGAAGCUGGCCACCAUCAAGCAGGAGGCCAGCGCCCAGCAGCAGCUUCCGCCGCAGCCGCAGCAACCGCCCCAGCCCCCGGUGCCGCAGCUACCCAUUGCCAUCCAGCAGCCCCCGCCCUCCGAGGCGGUGUACAUCAAGAAGGAGCCGAUGGAGGACUCGAUGGACGCCACCUGCAACCAGAACAGCAACGAGCCGCAGGACCUCAAGGUGAAGAUCGAGAUUAAGAACGAGGAUGCCCUGAAGCACGGACCGGGAGGAGUUCCCCCGGGAAUGCCACUGCAUCCUCUAGCCGUUGCUCCCGGCGAGGUAAAUCCUCCGGAGCAGCCACUCCACUUGCAUCCGCCACAGCAGCAGCAGCCUCCCACGAACUACCUUAUCGAUGCGCAGCUAAAGUACGGUCCUCCGCCGGGACAGCUGGUGCCGCCACAGCCGCCGCAGCUGCACAGCGACGGUUCGGCGGGUGCUUCAGCUGGAUCUGCCGGUGGUCCACCGCCCGGACCACCCACCACUCCGCAGAAGUAUCCGCCCGAGCUGGAGAUGAAGUUUGUGCCGCAGGAUCUCAAGUAUCCGCCACCGCCGCCACUGGACGCCCUGAAGUACAGCCAGGAGAUGCAGGCGGCGGCGGCGAAGUACGACAUGAAGUACAUGCUGGAGCAGCAGGUGGGCAAGUACCCGGUGGAGCACCAGCCGCCGCCCAACAAGCCCGGCUACCAGGAUUCGCUGAAGAUUCCCGAUGUAAAGCCCGGCUUCGCGCAUCUGCCGCACAACGUGGCAGCGUACGGGCCGCCGCCACCUACUUCGCAGGACUCCCAGCAGCAGCAGGCACCGCCACAGCCGCCGGCUCAUCAGGUGCCGCCGGGAGCGACUCCGCCACCUGGAAUCGCCAUGCCCAAGCCGCACUACCAGCACGACGUGCAGACGCCGCCGCUGGGACGACCAUUCGAGCCCACCGGCCUAAUGCUGAAGUACGGCGAUCCCUUGGCCGGAAAGUACGGCCCCGCGCAGCCGCAGGAUCUGAAGUACCCAAUGCCCCCGGUCUCGCAGGCCGAUGUCAAGCCCUACGGAGGCGAGAACCUGAUAAAGUCGUCGCCGUACGGCCCGCCACCGGAGAGUCCGAUCGAUGCCUCGGCGAGAUCCACUCCCGGCCAGGACAGCCAGGGCAGCAACAGCAACUCGCAGCCGCCGUCAAUGCCGCCGCAGCAGUUCCAGUCGCCGCACCCCUCGCCCGCGGGCAUGCAUCCGCAAAAUCUCAUCCACGGAUCAGCCCCCGGUGGCCCCCCGACGCAGCCCCAGCCUCCGCCGCCGCCGACGUCGCUGCACCAGCCCACGCCCACACUCGCGGGUGCAGGGCCUCCGAGUCUGCAACACGGCCUGCAUCCCCCGCUGUCGGUGGCCGCGUCGCUGCCGCCUAGCUCCAUCGGCAUCCCGCCAACGCUCUCCACGAUGGCGCCGUCGCCCCUGCACCCGCAUCCGCACCCGCACCUGCAUCCACACCUGCUUCACCGGCCGCACGAUCUGCCGCCGAGCAUGCAUCCCCACGCGCCGAUGCCCCUCUCGCUGCAGGGCCAUCCCCAGGCACCCGGACACCAUGGACUGCCGCCCCAGCAGCCGGCACCACAGCAGCAACAGCCAGCGGGAACAGUGCGGACUCCGUCGCCGGCGCAGCAGCCGCCUAGAUCCUUGCACGACCCGCAAGUGUCGCGGGAGCCGCCCAGCUCGCAGGCCUCCACAACGAUGGCGGUAUCGGGACCGGGAGGAUCGGUGUCCGCGGGAGGACCGCCACACCGCACCUCGCCGCUGCCAGGCCUAUCCGGCAAUGGGCCGCCGCCCCCGGGACUCAUCGGCCAUCCCAUGCCCAUCCAUCCGCAUCUGGCCCAUCUGCCACCGGGUCAUCCGGCGCACGCAGCCCUGGCCCAUCCCAGCCACCACCUGCUGUCGCAUUCGAUAGCCGGCGGACCAAUCGCCCUGCUGGCGGGACCCGGAGGACUGGGAGGUAUUCCAGAAUCCGCCCUCAGCAGACGCACCCCGCCCUCGCACCUACCGCACGCUUCGCACUCAGUUUCCUCGGCGCCAGUGACGCCGCACUCGGUGGCCGCCAGCAUGGCGCCCAGUAGCGUCUCCCUGACCACGACUAGCAGCACGGUGCCCUCAUCCGCCUUCAGUCGCGCCAGUCCCAGCGUGCAGAUAACGAGUGGCGGCGGCGGACAAGGAGGAGCGCCACCAGCAGGUCCUGGAAGCGGCUCUGGCCCCGGAGGAGUGCCCAACUCGGCGGCGGCAGCAGCGGCGGCGGCCCAUCGCGCCGCUUCCCCGGCUUCGAGUGUGAGCAGCCUCAGCCGGCAAAGUCCACUGCAUCCGGUGCCGCAGUCGCCGCUCAGCCAUCACCCAUCCUCAUCCGCCUUAUCCGCUGCGGCGGCCGCUGUGGCGGAACGGGAUCGCCAUGCCCUGCUCCGGCAGCAAUCGCCGCACAUGACACCGCCGCCGGUGUCGAAUGCGUCGCUGAUGGCCAGCCCCCUGAGCAAGAUGUACGCGCCACAGCCGGGCCAGCGCGGCCUGGGAACAUCUCCUCCGCCACACUUGAGGCCCGGAGCCUCGCCGCCGGUCAUACGCCAUCCACAGAUGCCGCUUCCGCUGCCGCUGAUUGCUCCGGGUGGCGGAAUCCCGCAGAUCGGAGUGCAUCCCGGUCAGUCGCCAUAUCCGCACCCGCUGCUCCAUCCCUCGGUGUUCUAUUCACCGCACCACCAUCCCUUCAACUCUCCCUACGGGUAUACGCCCUAUGGUCCUGGUUUCCCGGCCUAUAUGAAGCCGCCGCCACCGGCUGGACCUCUAGAUCCAGCCGCCGUGAUGGCUGCUCAUCACGCCGGACUGCAGGGACCUCCACCACCCCCCCAGGCGCGACAGGAGGAGGCCGCUGCAGCGGCCGCGGCAGCAGCUGCUGCGGAGAAGCAACACGCAGCUGCUGUGGCAGCACAGCAGUUGAAGGCUCCGCCGCAGCAGCAGCCGCCGGUCGGAAUGCCGCCGAACAAGCCGCCCACGCCAAAGACGCCGCAGGGACCGGGACCCGGUCCUGGCCCAGUUGGAAUGGGCGGCCCCGGCACACCGACCGGCUUGCCGCCGGGUGCUUAUCCUGGCAGCCAUAUGCCGGGCUAUCCGCCGGGUCCGCCGCACGGCUCUCCGUUUGCGCCGCAAGAUGGCCAGCCCCACGGACUGAAGCCCACUUCGCACAUGGAUGCCCUGAGGGCGCACGCACACUCAGCCAACUCGGCGGGAUUGGGUGGAGCGCAUCAUCCCACGGAGCCAUUGCCCAUUGAUAUUGAGCCGGAUCCAGAGCCGGAGAUUCCCAGUCCCACGCACAAUAUACCCCGAGGGCCCAGUCCCGAAGCGAAACCGGACGACACCGAAUGCCAUCGCUCCCAGUCUGCCAUAUUUGUGCGGCACAUCGAUCGCGGGGAUUACAAUUCGUGCACGAGGACGGAUCUGAUCUUCAAGCCAGUGGCUGACUCCAAGUUGGCGCGAAAGCGCGAGGAGCGUGAUCGCAAGCUGGCCGAGAAGGAGCGAGAGAGGCGUCAGCAGCAGCAGCAACAACAGCAACAGCAGCAGCAGCAACAAGCGGCAGCUGCCCAGCAGGCGGCCCAACAGGCCAAGCUGAAGGCGGAACUGAAACCCCCGUAUGCGGAUACGCCUGCCCUGCGCCAGCUAUCGGAGUACGCUCGUCCCCACGUCGCCUUCAGUCCUGUUGAACAGAUGGUGCCAUAUCAUCAUCCAAUGGGCCCCAUGUACAGAGAGAGAGAGUUGGAAGAAAUAAAGAACGCACAAGCCGCUGCAGCAAGUCAGUCCCGACUUGAUCCGCACUGGAUGGAGUACUACCGACGCGGCAUUCAUCCGUCACAGUUCCCGCUGUACGCGAAUCCAGCGAUAUCGCAGAUGGAGAGAGAGCGCCUGGGAAUUCCGCCGCCGCACCACGUCGGGUUAGACCCGGGCGAGCACAUGGUGCGUAUGAUACGAUUGACGAGAGAAUAUCAUGCACACUCUCAUACUCAUUUACAUUUGCCUUUGCAUCCACAGCCGCAACCACCGGAGGCCGGUUUCCAACUGCCACCGAAUGUUGGUCAAUAUCCUCGGCCAAAUAUGCUUAUACCUAGGGAGCCGCACUCGGAUGUCCUGCUGCGCAUGUCCUAUGCCGACCAACUACAGUAUUUACAGGCCGCCGAAUUCCAGCGACAGUCCCUGCACGAUCAGUACUUCAGACAACGGCCUAGAUAAGUGGACAGACAGCAAUUGUAGAGAGCAAGCAACUUAACAAAGACAAUACUUCGGAGGAAGUGCUUUGUGUGAUUUUUGUGUUCAAGCGUUUACACUUUGUUUUCCACAACCACCAACCAUCACCACCCCCAUCACCAUCCAUUAUCCAUCAAAAAAGAAAACCAUCAUCAUCAUCAUUAUCGGAAGAAGAGACGACGACGUCAGUGAAUGGCUCAAGAAUCCAGAAACAGAAACCCAGCGACUAUAAGUUGCGCAACGCCUUGUCACGUUUUAAUGUAAAAUAAACCAGCUGCGUUAAUCGAAAGUGGAUGGAAACUUACGACCAAGGCAUUCAGAAUCAAAAACUACAAAACUAGACAAAACAAAAGAAACAACACGAUGGUCGCAAUAAUUUAAGCAUCCUCUUUAUAGUGUAUAGUGUUAAAAUCUAAAACCUAAGGGCGAUGAGCAUGGGCAUGUUAAUUUCAGUAUAGGUUUAGGCAUCUGAACAAAAUGAAAUAGGCAACACUCGGCACACAAACACUAAUUUUUAUUGAGUUUUUCCGCAAACCGCAUACAUAUGGAUAUUGAUGUGAAUGUGUGCUGAACGAGUUGAAGGAAGGAGAAGUUGAAGGAAAAACACUAUGUAAUAAGAUGACGCUCUGCAAAUCAAUUUAGACAAGAUGAGAGUACUAAGCAAAACCAAAACAAAACACAAACUCACCCGCACUUGCUGCAGGAGGCAAGGAAUAUAUGAAAUUUAGUAUAGAACAAACAAAAUCUAAAAAGUUAUAGGGAUAAGGAGUGCAUUGUACAAAACGGAGAAUGCGACGGCACACUGCGACACUCUACCAGUAGAUAAGCAUUAUUUAAUUUAAUUGUACUUCCAGCCAGAAUUGAACUAUUUAAUGUACGACUAAAAUGCUUGCUGCUUACCUUACGAUGUCUUAGCUAAUAUGGAGAUUGAGGAAAACAAAUCACGCAAUGCCUAGAUUUCGCUUUUUUAGUCCCUUACUUUGUGUUUGCCUAGCGAGCUUUGCUUACCCUCUAAUUGCUACUCACUAAUUUAUUAUUAUUUCGCUAUAACUAGAGUAUUAUAUAUAGGCAGGACGAGGUUUUUGUAAAAAGUUCAUAAUAAAUAACGAAAUAACUACAUGGGUAUUAUGAUGUGAAUAAUUUAAUGCUGCUCCCCGAGCUAGAGCCGAAAAGCACAGCACAGUGUCGAGCAUGCAUUUCAAGCAGCUGCAAUUUCGAGUGCUUAAUUUAUAUUAGUAAUUAUACAAUUUAUUAAACGCAAACGCAAAAGCAUGAAUUAUAUACAUCAAAUAUUUCAAAAGGUUUAUAUACAAUAUAAGAACAAGGGCAAACAAAACGCAAAAAACGACAAAAAAAAAGGAACAUAUUUUUAAAUACAGUUUUUUAUUUCACAUUUUGACUAUACACAUUGAUAUAAAUAUAUUGUAGCUAUAUUUAUACAUAUAUAUAUUAUAACGAAAGUUUAUCGUAGGACUCUUGCAAGCAUAUUCAAUGGCACACAAAAAAGAAAAUAACAAAAAAAAACCAGAUUUUGCGUAGUUAACAUUUAAGAUUGUAAAGUGAAGAUCCAUACAUAUUUAUAUAUAUAUACAAAGGAAAAGAAA